AUGUGCAAAUUGGUCUCGGUUCUCGGUCUUUCCGCCACACGAGCCGCCUACUCAGUGUGCUUACCGUCGCCCACGUUGCCGGCACUUUCUGUCCUCGGAAACGGCAUCAUGAUUCAUGCAAAUGCCCAUCAGGCAGACGACUAUCGUGCUACGGCGGUAGGCAAAUGGUCGCCGCCGCCGCAUUUCGUCCAUGCUGGAAGCUGCUCCGUCGACUACAAUCGCGACUGCAGCACCACAGGAUGCUACAUAUCGACCUUGACCACCCAGCGCGCCGGGGACAAAAACCUGAGCAAUGACGAUGUUGCCCAAGCACUCAAGUCCCUGGCUCACUUCACGGGCUGCUUGAACCAGCCUCUGCGUGUCGAGGCCUACCAGGUAUGCGGUAACAAAAUCAACGUCACCUUUGAUAAACACCGGGAUAAUCUACACUCCGACUGGGACUUGGACACGUACGUCCCCGAGAAGCCGGUUGGCGGCGGCGCCUUGCCGGAUGUGCAGCAUUGGGCCGACGCUUUGUGUGACCGAGUGCCCACGGGAUGCUCGCAAUGUAAGCGAAAAGGAAUAGAGUGCUCCGGAUACCGGGAUCCUCGCGCCCUACGAGUACGAGAUGAGACGAGCCGCACAGCUCGCAAGUUUGAGAAGAAGGCACCGUCGUACUGCGAGGUCUUGAUGCACGCACCGGAAAAAGAAGAGUCGGGCAGCAAAGGCGCCGUUGCGGAUCAAGAUUCAGCGUGGCCGUGCUCCCGCUCUGGUCAACUCAUCAACUCCUUGCUGGGAGACGUCCGGUAUCCUUUACAGCAGGAUCUACAGCACACUUCCAUGGCGUAUUUUCUUGCAUGCUACAUCUACGCUACCCCUUUCCAAAGAUAUGUGCCCUCGUUCUGCCUUGACGGUGCCGACCCGGAAGGCGCGUGCCCCAUGACCAUCUCGGCCACGGCGCUCGCCGCGUAUUCUCGCCAUGUGAGAUCGGCCCAAUAUCUCGGAUAUGCAAGGCAAAAGUACGCAGGGGCGUUGACUCGCGUCAACGAGUCGUUGUCGAGCCCUGCGACCGCAGUCCUCGACAGGACACUGGUCUCCGUCCUCGUCCUCGGCUUGUUCGAGGCCAUUGUUUUUGAAGCCGGCAAGUCACCGACGAGCUGGACGGCGCACACCCUUGGGGCCUGGCAGCUCAUUAGAUUGCGCGGACCGCAGCAAGUCAAGUCGUCCCUCUCGCGCAAGAUACUCGCCCACGCCAUCAACAACGUCAAAACCAGCUGCAUCCAACGAUCAAUCCCCGUGCCGGCGGACUUGGUCGCGUUUGACAGGCAGCUCGCGCUCUUCCGCGACGCCGACGAUGCCUCUGUGAGGCUGUCGCCCAUUGUUCAGCAGAUUGCUUCCGUCAAGGCGCGGGCGAUGGCCGACCCCGACUGCAACCUCGUCCACGAGGCUCUGGUGCUGGACCAAGAACUUGCUGCCUUCUCCGAGGAUUGUCCCGCCUGGAUGUCGUACACGGUCGGACCUGGCUCCGAUUCUGAUGCCCCUGGCCGGGUUUACGAGGGAGUGUGCCACCGGUAUCCCAGCGCGUACGUGGCCAAGCUAUGGAACACGAUCCGGCUGCUCCGUAUGUUGCUGGUCUCUUUGAUCGGGGAAAUCGCCGCAGGGCAAUUCGAUGCUAAUCUCUCUCGGCUUCGAUUACCACCUGUCAAACCGGACCUGGCCGACUACUUGCGCGAGCUUGAGCAAUACGCCAGGGGAAACAUGACGACCAUAGCGACGGAAGUGCUCGCAAGUAUCCCGAGCUUUGUGGAGGUGGACGGCUUUGGGAGACGAUUUGCGCCCGCCGGCAGGAGUCUCGCAUGGCCUCUGAGUAUCAUCGAGGGCGACAGCUCGUGCGGAGAGGCGGCCAGGGAACACGCCUACAGGAAUCUGGAAAUGCUCGCCGGGGAUCUGAACAUGCCUCAGGCUGUGCAUCCGUCACGGACGUCAAGCAUGGGAGAAGACUGGUGA